GCCUCUAUAGUGCGGUGACCUUCUUUACGACCGUUACAAACCGCUCGUCGGCCGAAAGGAGCAGCGACAACCCGCACCUGGGAGACUUUAACCGGGCUGAUUUGAAUCCAACAGCUGAUUAUGGGAGACAUUGGCAAAGGAAAGAAGGCUUUCGUCCAGAAGUGUGCCCAGUGCCACACAGUCGAGGAGGGGGGCAAGCACAAGGUGGGACCCAACCUGUGGGGGCUGUUCGGACGCAAGACCGGCCAGGCAGAGGGCUACUCCUACACGGACGCCAACAAGAGUAAAGGUAUCGUGUGGGGCGAGGACACCCUGAUGGAGUACCUGGAGAACCCCAAGAAGUACAUUCCUGGAACCAAAAUGAUCUUCGCCGGCAUCAAGAAGAAGGGCGAGCGCCAGGACCUCAUCGCAUACCUGAAGUCAGCGACGUCAUGAACGGGGCGCUAACGCCUGAAUAUUUAAUGUCAUUUUAAUGUUCAUUUUUCGGCCGCUACAUUUUAAAUAUGUGGUUUUAUGUUUCGCCAUUUGUGCACAAGGUUAAAUUAUACCGCCGAGGUUUGAAAAGUGUCUCGAUCAAGUGACCAAACAUAAAACUUUUCUUCUUCUUUUUUUUUUUCUCUCUUUGUAAAUCGGUACUAGCAAAUACUAAUCACGUUAUUUAAAACCAUGAGUCUCAAUAGAUUCACUCUCAUUCUGUUCUCCAUGACGACACACGUCCGGUACCGUCUGCUAGCAGAGCUGUCGCGAUCAACCUCGUUUUCAACGUCGAAACUCAAAAACAAAAGAAAUGUGAUCUGCUGUCAGCUACGUCAUUUGAUCCUGUGUGGGCAUAUCUUGGGAUGUUUGGUUACCUGGUGCUGAUAUUAAGCCCGUUCAUGUCAGGUGGAGCUUCUGGAGCUUCACCUGACAUGAAAGCUGCUUAGAUUUUACAGACUGAACUUGGACAUACUGUAGUGUUCUGAAACUCCAGAAGCAGCCCCUCUGAGCUCCUGUUUUUACCUCCUGCCUGUCAUCAGACUUGUUACGAGUUUUUAAAGAGUCCUGCUAACGUCGACGCGCUGUCAUCCGCCACCUCGCAGCCGAGAGUCGCGGUCCGAUCCUCUGCUGAUGCCUUUUAAAGCCGCCGCAGCGGGAAGUCAGCCGGCACAUUUAAAACCUGAACAAUGUUGUGGAGCUACUGUAUCAUGAAGGAACACUUUGCAGGGAAACACCUGGAGUGAAAAAAAAAAACGCUGUUAUUUACCUGGUUUCACAGGCCUGAAAGAGUUUAACUUAUUUACUGUAAGCUGUGUUUGGGGGCUGCUCGCUGUAUAUAACGUGGUGGCUGUUUGUGUGGUUGAGGACAGGAUGGUUGAAGGAUCAAUAAAAAGAAAACGUCCAGAAAUCUCAAA